AUUAAAUAUAUCUAUUUACGUUCGAAUGCACCGUUUGAAUGCGAAGCAUUGCAUGCGCGCGUGCAUUCAAACUCGCGGGCGAAUAUUACGAACGAUUGUAUUUGAUCUCGGAUGGAGCAGCGGAGCCGGUUUUCAUCGUGCCCCCUCCUCUUUGGGUCAGUCUCGCAGCGUUCGCAGCUCGUGUCAGAGCACACUUUUUUGGCUGCAUAUGUGUCGUACAUUUAUAUCAAUUUACGCAGCAUCUUAAAAAACUUCCUUUGCUAACAUUUAAAUAAAUUUUCCAACUUCUGACUUGUGUUAACGUUGACAAUAUAAAGAUGACGUUCUAAUCCAGUGUUGACAAAUUUUCCGACAAUAUUUAACAUUGUUAAAUGUACAAUGCACUAUUUGCCAACAUACUUGAUGACUCGAUAAAGUAUCUCCGCUUGAUUGAUGUCAGGAUGGCACGUGGUGUGACAGAUAAAGGCUGGGCAUGGGCGAUCGUCGUUGGCGUGACUGUUAUCAAUCUAGCUGUGCUUCCGGUCCAGCAAUGUUUCGGACUUAUCUUCGCGGAACGUUUCGCAAGUCUCGGCAUCGCCGCGACACAAACAAGUCUAAUUCUCCAUCUUAAUGGGACACUAACGUGCAGUUUAGGUCUGAUAAGCGGUCCGAUGAUGAAAAGAUUCGCCUUUCGUCAGGUUGCAUAUUUUGGCAGCUUGACGGUCGUUCUUGGAAUUUGCGCAGCUGCCUUCGCUGUGUCUCUCCCGACUCUCAUUAUCAGUUACUGCGUUAUCAUUGGUAUAGGCCAAGGAAUUAUUUUCCCAGCGACGACCUUAGCUCUGAACACCUACUUCCGUAAGAAGCGUAACGUAGCCAUGGGUCUCUCGGUUACAUUGACCGGUCUAGGUCCAAUUUUAAUGCCUCUUUUGAUAGACGUACUUCUCGAGAAUUUUGCCACCACUGGCACUCUUCUGAUUCUCGCCGGGAUCGCUUCGCAUUCCCUUAUUGGUGCGUCGCUGUUAAGGCCGCUAGAGAAGCAGAAAGAGCAAAUUCUGAUAGACAAAACUACUGAUAUAUCGAAAGAGGAAAAUUUAUGUGUUAAUAGUGAAGCAAAUGUAGAAAGUAACGCCGUUGAAUGUCAAUUAUUAAGCAGAGAGAAUACUGAAGAGGAAAGGCGAUCAAACCACCAUCGUUCGGAGAAUUGCGAAACAGAAAUAAAGGAAAAUAGAAAAGCUUCAUUUCUUAAAAAAAUUAUUACAAAUAUGGACCUCGAGCUUCUUCAUGAUAAUCGUUACAUAGCGAUAGUACUAGGGAUGAGUAUCUCGUUGGUAGCCGAAACUAAUUUCAAUGCGAUGAUACCUUUCGUUCUGGCCGAAUUAGCGAGCCUCGACAGGACGUCCAUAGCUACAGUGAUGUCGAUUCAAGCUGCCGCGGACAUCACGGGACGUCUUUGCGUACCAUUGCUGGCGCAAAAGAUCGGCUGGACGUGCAGGAAUCUUUAUGUGAUAUCUCUGCUGGGAUCGACUCUCGGAAGGACUAGUACGUACCGCCACAUAAAGUAUACGAAUCACGAGGAAUCUCUUCACGAGGUGAUUUCUGGGAAAAUGUUUACGAAAGUGCCUCCAAAUGGAGGAUGGGGAUGGAUCAUUGUUCUAGCCGCUGCUUUACAUGGCUUGUCAACCAUUCCGAUCCUGCAAGUAUUUGGAUUGAUAUUCAAAGAUUCUUUUGCUGUACUCAAUUUGAAUGCAACGGAUACAACAAUUAUAAUUAAUAUAAAUUUGGCAUUUGGUAUGAUACUCGGUUUAAUUAAUGGACCUCUUUUGAAAACUUUCGGCUACAGAAAAAUAGCAAUGAUUGGAAGUGCAAUAUACUCAAUUGGUGUAACACUAACAGCAUUUGCUAAUAAUUUUACUCUUAUUGUAAUAUGCUACGGAAUAUUAGCCUCUAUUGGUAUGAAUAUGUCAAUGUCUGGAUUUUCUUUGGCGAUUAAUUCUUAUUUUACUACAAGACGAGGACGAGCUAUGGGCUUAUCGGUGACUCUCACGGGGUUGGGUUCAAUCCUUAUGCCUCAAAUAUCAUCCUUUUUACUUUCAUUUUAUGGUAUUCAGGGGACUGUCUUGAUACUUGGCGCUUACAGUUUUCAUUCGAUGAUAGGCGCUCUGCUGUUGCGACCAGUUAAACAGCACAUGAAAAAGGUACCUAUCUGUUUAGAGACGAUUCCAGAAGAACCCAAUAUUUUAGCCAAUGAGAAACAAGAUACGAAGAAAUAUUGCGAGGAGAAUGAAGAAAACAUACAUUCUUCGAUGACAGUAAUAAACAAUUAUGAAAGAAAAAGGAAAACGACAAUAACCAGCAUCGAUCACGAUAUCGAAGUUGGAAGUAUUUAUGGAUUCGAUACGCCUUUACCUCGACAGGUUUCUAUAGAUAGAACAAUAUCGUAUGAUGGAAAUUACGAUACGGAGAUGUCAAUGGUUAACGGAACCUCAAAGACGAAUUUACACAAUUGGAAAGCUUCAAGACAUUCAUGGUGGAAUUCAGGUAUCAGUAUAGACAGUAUUCAUCUCGGUAGCAGCAUAAAAAUUUUUGACGAACCUGUUCCAAUAACAAAAAAAUUGACUUUUAUUGAUAAUGGUGUAAGCAAAACUAAUGGUAUAAAUAGAAUUAAUGGUGUAAGUCAGAACAUUGUAGAAAAAGAUUUAUUAUUAAAAAAAGAAACAGAUAAUUGUCUAAUCAAAGAAGACAAUAACGAUCGUGACAAAAAUAAUUCGACCAUCAGCCGAAUUCUGCGUCGAGUGGCUGAUCUUUACGAUUUCGAUCUUCUGCGCGACCCGAUUUACGUGAACAUCAUGUUAGGGAUGUCAAUUGCAAUCUUCGCGGAGAUCAACUUCUCCAUGCUGACGCCGUUUAUCCUCGCCGACAUGGGCUUGACAACUGCAAAUAUUGCCAACGUCAUGAGCAUCAUCGCGAUGGUCGAUCUCGUUAGCAGAAGCGUGGCACCUUUCCUAGGGGAAUGGCUACGUCUGCCACCCAGGAUGAUGUACAUGCUCAGCCUGUUUCUUCUGAUAAUCAGCAGAACUUCACUAAUAUUUGCGACUGGUUUCGCCUCGAUGUUAGCUGUUGCGAUCGGUUUGGGAGCAGCGAAAGGAAUUCGGUCGGUAUAUAUGACUUUAGUAGUACCCAGCUACGUUUCGAUUCAAAAGUUACCUAACGCUUCGGGGAUUCAAAUGCUAACCAACGGAAUGAUUCUUAUGAGCGCUGGUCCUAUGAUUGGUUUAAUACGAGAUAAUACUGGAAAUUAUACGAUUUGUAUUAUCCUGCUCAACUGUGUGACCGCUCUUACGUUAUUUAUUUGGACAAUAGAGAUGAUACUUAUACGAAGAAAGACUGCUCGGCAAAAAUCAGAAUUGUCCGAAACAGCGAACUGAAUAAUUAUCAAAAAUAAAUUAUUCAAAAAUAAA